AUGGCAGCGGUUAGAGCAUUGAACGACGAUGAAGUCUUCAACGAAAUGAAGAAGAUGGUCUCUUUCAUCAAGCAAGAAGCGCUUGAGAAGGCUAGAGAGAUCAAAGUCAAGGCUGAUGAGGAAUUCAACAUUGAGAAGGCAAAAAUUGUUCGCCAAGAGUCUCUUAACAUUGAGGCCACGUUUGAAAGAAAGAUCAAGCAAGCUGAAGUCCAGAAGCGAAUUGCUCAGUCGAAUCAAAUCAACAAAUCACGUCUCCGUGUCCUUCAAGCUCGACAGCAGAUGCUUGAUGAGCUUUUUGAUGAAGCUCGCUCAAAGUUGACCAGCGUAUCAAAGGACAGCAGCAAAUACCCCGCCCUCUUGAAGGAUUUAGUGCUACAGGGCUUCUAUUCGCUGAUGGAAACCAACAUCAAGGUUCAAUGUCGUAAGGAAGACGUUUCUUUGGUAGAGAAGGCUAUCGCCGAAGCUGUCACCGCUUACGAAGAGAGUAUGGGAGACAAGAUCAACGCUACUAUCGAUGAGGAAAACAUUCCUUCCUCAAAUGCUGGCGGUGUUAUUCUUUCUGGUUUGAACGGCAAGAUAAAGGUCAACAACACUUUGGAAGCUCGCCUAAACAUUUUGGAAGACGGAAUGCUUCCUCAAAUGCGAGUGCUUUUGUUUGGCCACUCUCCUUCCCGCAAGUUCUUCAAUUAA